ACCCACGGCAGUCUUCCAAUACGAUCACGGUCUCACCAAUUGCAUGGCCCUAGGACCGCAUCAGGAAGGAACUCCAGCGAUUUGGGGUGUCUCGUGCGCGUUUCACAGUAAAACGACCAUGAAAGCGACUGUACACUUUUGCUUUGGCCGUACGUUACCCAUCAACCAUAAUUGGUUUAAAGUCCCGCCCAUGGAACGACUCUGUCCCAAGUCCCAGCUCCUCCAUUCACGAGACCACACAAUUUCCCCCAGCGCUUCUGGCUUCUCACUUUCGAUCUCCCGAAAGCAAGCAGCUGUACUCGGCUUUCAUUCACGCAGUCACGACCAUGAGUUCCAGCACGCAAAACCCUCAAAGCCCCAAGAGCCCCCAGAGCCCUAAGGGCAAAGCGACCUCGCCGGCACCCGCAGCUGCCCCGACCCCGCUCAGCGCUGAGGCGCAAGACGCAGCUGGCAUUCUUCCUGCAACCCAUUGGACGGAGCAACCGCUCCCCGAAGAGGAUGUGGAUGAUGGGGCGUCUUCCAUCGGCUCGUUCACCUCCACCACCGCUUCUCUAAGCUCGAGCAUUUUCCAGUACCGCGAAGUCCACGGGAGAACGUACCACGCCGAAAUUGGCAACGCCGAGUCAUGGGAACCCAAUGAUCAACGCCACGUUGAUGCGAUGGAGAUUUUUCAUCACGCUAUUCUGGUACAUAUGGGAGGAAAGCUAUAUUUCUCUCCUCUCGAACAAAAGAAGGUUCAGAAGGUACUCGAUAUUGCAACGGGGGCUGGCCUGUGGGUGAUUGACUUCGCCGACGAAUUCCCCAACGCCGAAGUUAUAGGCACAGAUGUCUCCCCUAUCCAGCCUUCUUGGGUCCCCCCCAACGUCAAGUUUGAGUUGGACGAUUGCAACCGGGAAUGGACCUGGCCGGAAAAUACGUUCGAUUUCAUCAAUUUCCGUUUCUUAAACGGCAUUGUUGAUGAUUGGUAUACCCUCUUUCGUAACGCCUAUCGAGUCGCUAAACCCGGAGGCUAUGUAGAGAGUUAUGCUACGGGAUGUCGAUUUUUGUGUGGCGACGGGACCUUGAAGGAAGGUUGUGCUCUGGAACAAUGGGGUAAGGUUUACCAAGAGGGUGGUAGAAAGCUUGGAAGAACAUUCGCAGUAUACGAAGAGGAUCUCCAGCGGAAAGGAAUGGAGGCAGCUGGGUUUAUUGAUAUCGAGUUCAGGGAUAUUCAAAUCCCGGUAGGUGGAUGGCACCCUGAGAAGGAAGCAAAUGAAAGGGGUCUGUGGUGGAAGUUAGCCAUUGAGGGGGAUCUUGAAGGAUACAUCAACUACCUCUGGAAUUCAGUCCUUGGCUGGACUCCCGAUGAAGCGAAAGCUUUUACCCGUUACAUGAGAAGGGAUUUGAAUGAUCCUAAGAUCCACGGAUACUUUAUGGCGCGUGUUGCAUGGGGUCGAAAGCCGGAAUAAGCAUCGCUACAGUUGGAGCGACUGGUUGGGAGCCACAUUGACCGGGAGGAUAGAUAUGUUUGGGAUUUUUGGGACAAGACCGGUGAGAUACGU